GCCUCUUAUAGCACUUUUAUCUGAUUAUUACACUCCAUAAAUAGGAAAAUAUUCACCUUUCAAGUCAAAAGAAUCAAUCAGUCAAUCAAUAAAGAUGAGUAAGACAAUUGUAGUUAUUUUGAUUGGAUUUCUGGCUAUUCAAGUUAGUCAUCAAUCUCCGGUCAACGAUGAUGAUAAUAUUGUGUCUAUGUUAUCAACAGUCUACGAGAAAUAUCUAAAAUUAGCCGAUUCUGUCAUUGACAGUAUCAAUGUCAGUUUAUAUAUGUAUGAGGAAGACAAACAAUAUUUCCAGGAUGCUACUCUAGGAGAAUUGCUCCCAAUUUUUCUAGAUUACAAUCACCAAUUCGUAGACAUUCUUAGAGAACUACAAGCUGAAUCUGACGAUGAUGUUCAAGCUUUUAUCCAAUGUCUUAGGAACGAAAGAGCGAGUGUUGAUCAAGCUAUCAAUAAAACUUUUUACGAUGUGGCUGAUUGUGGCUUCUCCGCAUUCGACGAAGCACUUCCUUACUUGAAGGACAUUAUGACAAAUCAAAUGGAGGUUCAUCAGAAAGUUCAAGACCAAAUUGAUAACUUGAAAAAUUGCUCCGCAUCUGAACUGGAGUGUUUAGUAUCUUUUAUUAAUGAGGGAUAUAGUGCUCUGAAAUAUUUUGAAGAUUUUGUUAGUGAUAACCUUGCUUCUUGGACCAUAACCUUCCUUAGACUCUUCGGUGAUUUGUUAAUGUGCGAUACAAAAACCAAUGUAAAAGCUAACACCAAACAAAUCUUGGCCGAAACCUAUACCUGUAUAAAAAAUAACUAAGUUGUAUACAAGUUAUUAAAUCAGUUCAAAAAAUAUAGUGUUUCAAUAAUCUAACCUAGAUUAAGUUUUAUAAUUUCCCUUAAGACUAACGCCUAUAUAUUCCAAAAGAAAUUAAGAUAUCGCUAAAGUGAUUUGGACGCUAAAAAUGUCAUGAUUCAACAUGUUUAUAUUAUUCCCAUAGACUUAGAUAUUAUAGAUGUUGUAUAUAUAAACUGCCCUGUAAACAUUCAAUAGAAUUACCUUUUGGAUAA